AUGUCAAUGUAUUCAUCUGGCGUCAAGCCUGGAGAGAUACCUCCAAUUUACGACGAGGUAAUGCUGGCUCGCAAAGGCCAGGAAAUCCGCCAUGCGAGCUCAUCAAUGCCCUGGUGGAAUCCUCGAUACUGGCGAAAGAGAAUCUGGGCCGCUAUUAUCAUAGUCAUCCUUGUUAUAGUGAUAAUAAUUGUCGCCGUCGCUGUGGAGAGAGCUAGAAAGAAUAUGUAUCCUGACUACUCACCAUUAUCGUACACCUUGAAAGAUACAUAUGGAGGUGAAUCCUUUUUUGACCAGUUCAACUAUUUCACAGGAUACGACCCCACUGAGGGCUUCGUACAUUACGUUCCAGAAGCGCAAGCAAAAGAUCUUAAUCUCACAUAUGUUUCGCCCAGCACUGCCGUUCUCAAAGUCGACACUUCUGUCGGCCCCAACAGCAAGCCUAAUGCGUCUACGGGUCGCUUUUCUGUCCGAAUCGAGUCCAAAAAGACAUACGAGAACGGCCUCUUCAUCUUCGACGUCAAGCAUACUCCCUAUGGCUGUGGCACCUGGCCGGCCCUUUGGCUUACUGACCGUUACAACUGGCCAAACCAUGGAGAAAUUGAUGUGAUGGAGUCGACAAACAAAGCUGAAGACGGGAAUCAAAUGACUUUGCACACUACCGGCGACUGCUCAAUGGACGUACGCCGCGAGGAAACAGGAAAGAUACUACAGAAAAACUGCAACCACGAAAAGGACGAUAAUGCAGGCUGUGGUGUUCUUUCAAAGCCUGCGGGAUACGGCUCCGUCUUCAACAAGAAUGGAGGAGGUGUGAUGGCGGUUGAAUGGCGACAUGAAGGCAUCCGCAUGUGGCAGUUCGGUAGAGACUCUAUACCAUCAGAUAUCAAAGGAAACAACCCAAAGCCCGACACCUGGGGCACUGCUGUUGCCGACUUUCCCAACACGCAUUGCGACAUUGGCACGCAUUUCAAGAACCAGAGCAUCAUUGCCAAUAUCGACCUGUGUGGUAGUCUUGUUUAUCACGUUUGGGACGACUCUGGAUGUUCGGGUAAAUGCACUGAUCUCGUCGCCAACAAUCCUGAAGCAUUUGAGAAUGCGUAUUGGGAGUUUGGGACUUUCCAAGUAUACCAGGCAAGUUAA